GAUGAUGAUGAUUAUGGUUAUGAUGAUGAUGAUGGUUAUGAUGACGAUGAUGAUGAUUAUGGUUAUGAUGAUGAUGACUAUGGUUAUGAUGAUGAUGAUUAUGGUUAUGAUGAUGAUGAUGAUGACUAUGGUUAUGAUGAUGAUGAUGAUGAUGGUUAUGAUGGUGAUGCUGUUGAUGAUUAUGGUUAUGAUGAUGAUUAUGGUUAUGAUGAUGAUGGUGGUGGUGGUGGUGGUUAUGAUGAUGAUGAUGAUGAUAUCAAUAUUAAAUAUCUUUAACAACCAUUCCCAGUUAUUAUUUUAAAACGGAUCAUUCAUCUCCAGACUCGGAGUUGUUAGUUGUUGCCAUAGAGAUAUCCUGCGCUUGACAACCAGCCAGUUCUGCGCAUGCGCACUACCGUGUAGUCAGUGGAGCAUUGUGGGAUUGCACACGGCAAAGAGACGAGACGGUUUAGUGUGAUUAGAAAGCUAUUUAUUUGGUUUCUUAAACAUUCCGGAACAGUGACAUUAAGCUUGAACAGCAAACUAUGAACGCAUCGGUGGUCAAAAAGACGCAGGAAACUCUGGGGAAAGUCAUAAAGAAACCUCCUCUGACUGAAAAACUGCUCAGCAAGCCGCCUUUCCGGUACCUGCACGAUAUAGUGAGCGAGGUGAUUCGCACCACAGGCUUCAUGAAGGGCCUUUAUGCGGAAUCAGAGAUGAAGUCGGACAACGUCAAGGACAAAGACUCAAAGAUAGCGUUCCUCCAGAAGGCCAUAGACGUUGUGAUGCUGGUGAGCGGGGAACCCGUGGCUGCUAAGCCUGCACGGAUAGUGGCCGGCCACGAACCCGAGAAGACCAACGAGCUGCUCCAGACCCUCGCCAAGUGCUGUCUCAACAAGCUGUCCAGUGAUGAAGCUGUAAGGCAUGUCCUAGCUGGAGACAAAGUGGACCUAAAGGGGAAAGCCAGCACUUCCAGGUCCCAGGGCAAGGAGAACAGAGACGAGAAGAUUAAAGCGAGCAGUGUGAACACUGAGCAGAAAGACCCAGACCAGCCGAAGGACCAGGAGAGCAAGAGGAGGAGUGAGAAAGAGCAACGCAGAGAUGGCGAAAGGACUGAGAAAGCCCGGGAGAGAGACAGGACGAAGGACAGAGAUCGGGAUAAAGACAAAAGCCGUGAUAGGGAUAAAGAAAAAGUCAGAGAUCGGGAGAGAGAUAAAGAGAAAGACCACGAUGGAGACAAAGGGAAGGGCCGAGAUAGAGACGGAGACCAAGAGAAAGAAAAGACCCGAGACAGAGACCGUGAUAGGACCAAGGAAAGGGAACGAGAGAAAAACAGGGAGCGAGAUUCACACAAAGACAAAGAACGAGUGCGGGACAAAGACAGAGACCGUGAGCGGGCCAAGCGAACAGACCGAGAGAGAGAACGAGGGCUUCAGAAGGAGACUGAAGAAAGGAAAAAGACCCGAGCUGCAGAGGAAGUGAACAAGCGAAAACCUCGUCCAGAGGAGCUGAACAGAAAUCACAAAGCUGAGUCAGAGGAGACUGAAAGAGACGACCUAGACGAGCCGGACAGUCCUGCCAGAAUACCCAGGCCCUCUUCUGCCAAGGGACAGAGACACCGGCCUAAAUCAGGAGCACCAGAUGAACCGGAUAGUGAUGGAGGAGACAACGCUACAGCGGAUAAACCAGUUCGUAUUGAAAAUGGAGAUGCGUCAGAUGCUUUGGCACAACAUGCAUCCCACAGCAGCAACAGGAGGAUAGCACGGCCCAGUAGUGCGAGACCAGCCCCGCCUCGAGUAAAGAGGCAGGAGAGUGGAGACGCAGGCACAGUGGAGAGACUGGGCAGUGCCAAGCCUCCCUCUGCAGUCAUCGUGGACGGUAAAAAGCUCUCUGAGGAUGAGGAUGAUGAAGAUGGGCAGUUUAUAGUGGAGGAGGCAGGUCCACUUCCCCCUGACAUGCCUGAGCUGGAGAUGGGGCCAUCAAUUGAAUUACAAGGUGAUGAGAAACAUGGUGGGCUUGUGAAGAAAAUCCUGGAAACUAAGAAGGAUUACGAAUCAUCACCCUCGGCUUUAAAGUCAAAAGACCAGGAUCGGACGCCAGUGUUACAGGCGGCUCGUAAAAAGGAGCGAGAGUUAGUGGUCAGAGAGAUCGAGCGUCUGCGAACGUGCAUCCAGAGCGUGUGUUGCAGCGCUCUGCCUUUAGCCAAGAUCAUGGACUACAUCCAGGAGGACAUGGAUUCCAUGCAGAACGAGCUGCAGAGCUGGAGAUGUGAGAACAGAGAACACGCAGAGGCCCUGCUGCAGGAACAGAGGAUCACCGACAGCGCUGUGAAGCCCCUGAAGGCUGAACUGGCUGAACUGGAGCAGCUCAUCACGGAACAGCAGGACAAGAUCUGUGCCAUCAAGUCCAACAUCCUCCAGAACGAGGACAAGAUUCACAAGAUCGUGUCCAGCAUCAACGUCUCGCAAACGUGAACCAAGCAAUAAAAUAGAGUCUUCUGCGCACUGUACACACAGCAGAGCUGUGUUACCCACUCUCUCAUGGUGGAGGUGUGUGUGUGUGUCUGUGUCUGUGUGUGUGUCUGUGUGUGUGUCUGUGUGUGUGUCUGUGUGUGUGUCUGUGUGUGUGUCUGUGUGUGUGUCUGUGUGUGUGUCUGUGUGUGUGUCUGUGUGUGUGUCUGUGUGUGUGUCUGGUAAAUCCUUCCAGGGUGUGUAUGUUUGUGUGUGUGUCACUUUGUAAGAGUGUUGGAUGAAAACUGAAGGAAGGAGGUAGAAAUCGAGUCGCCCUGUUCAUAUCUCCAUGAAGCUUAAAGGUGCCUUUUGUCAAUACCUGCAUCUGUUCUGGAAAAAAACAAACAAACACUCCUGCACUGUGUUAAUCCCUUCACGUAGAAUUGCACACAUGGUUUGAUUGAGAAAUAGAUGUUUGAUCACAGUGAUAUUGAUGUGGUAUAUAUUUUAUCAUUGAGAUGUCCAAAUUUCCUGAUUUUUGUCUACAAAAAAUAAUGAUAAUUAAUUUACAUUAACUGCUUGUGUUUUGCAGGUAUGUAAGUGUCCUAUCCAGACUCAUGUUUAUUUAUAGUACUGAGAGAGCGAGAGAGAGAGACCUUCCUGGCAAUAUCUAAGACUUUAUUAUUGCUUUUCAGGUGUACUGUAUCCCUCUGUCUCUCCAAAGCUUGUCUUAAGCAAUAUCAGCCUGUUUUCUGGACAGAUCUUACCCUCUUGUUUUAGUCCAAACCACACCAUUUAAUUAUUUUUUUUUAUUCCCUUAUUCCACUCUGUCUAGAAAGCCAGCACAUAAUGUUAGCUAUUAAAAGUUAUGCAUGCCAAAAGCACUAGUCAAGCACCACUGCACUUUGAUCAGGAAGACUGUGACAGAAUACGUCUGUGAGAGCAGAAACCUGUUCAGCUAUAGUACAAAGACGUUUUCAAAUAAUCCCUCGUUCUGUUUUAAAGGUUAAGAUGCCUGUAUUUUUACCCCUCACUUAUAUAUUCUGUCUGUAAGUAGAUUAGAAAAGGAUCUAUCAGGCUCGUGGCACGAUUUAAGAGCUGUUCAGUCAUACGCAAACAUUUUUGAAAAUGAAUAUUUUAUAAGGAGGUCAUAAUAAUAAUAAUAAUAAUAAUAAUAAUAAUUUUAUUUAUAUAUAUAUAUAUAUAUAUAUAUAACAUUUCUAAAUUACUUUCAUAAUAAUCAUCUAAAUGAAUUGCAUAAUAAUAAAUAUCAUAUCAGUAUUAUUGGCUAUAUUAAAUCUGAAUUAUCAUGAAAAUAUGAGAAAAAUACAACUGCUUAACGUUUAAAGAUUGAUUAUGAAACAUUUCCUAUAAACUGUAAACUAUUUUUACCACACCCAUAUUGUGUUUGCUGUAUAAUAUGUACAUUUUGUUUGUAUCAUAGUUCACAAAUGACUAUAAAUUUUGUAGUGGAGUGAAAUAAAUGGCUUCGUUUAAGUAAAACACUCGCACGUGCCCUGUUUUGUGAGAGUAGAUGUGAAAGACAUGAAAGCGGAGUUGUGAAAGUUUGCUGUUUGGUUGAUAUGAACUAAACAUUACUGGGGAAUUAUGAUUAUUAUUUUGGACAGCGUUAUUGUGUGAAGUCUUGGGGGCGUCUGGCGUGGCACAGUUAUAUGCGCUGCUACACCCUGCCUUUGAAGGUCGAUCCAGUCUCUCAUUACAAAAACAGUUUAACAAUCUAAAUGCCUAUAUUAGAGGUCUGAUUUUUUUAUUUUUUUGGCAGACAUUAAGACAGCUGCACAGGACUCUCUCUCUCUCUCUCUCUCUCACACACACACGUCCACCUUUCUUUCCCUGGGAAGCAUGUGGAGACCCUUAGACUGGUAUUGAGAAUUGAGACCUGGCCAUUUCGGGUAAGAUUUUCGGAUUUGGAGGCUCUUGAAAUCCGGGGCACCUGGCUGAGACGCUGCUGGGAGAAGUGAGUGAACGUUAGGAUUAGGACUGAAUGAUUGGCCUUUGUGUUCCUUUUGUCUUUCUCCUCUCCUGCUGUGUGCUAAUGACAGGAGCAGCCAUCUCCAGCUAACACUGUGGAUAGAAGCUUCCUCAACACAGUGGAUGAAUUACAUCCAGCAAUUAAAAGCAGAUUUCAGUUUAAAAAUGAUUUAUUUUCUUAAUGAUGGAAUAAACCAUGACUGGGAGUGCAGUUAUAGGAAAAUAAUCAACACCAGGGUGUUGUUACCAAUUCCCAUUAAUAGCACAUUGCAAAUUGUUUUAUUCAGCUUAUACCACAGCAGUUUGUCGUC